GGGCAUAGCAGUCUUUUAACUACAACCCACGUGUACAAAAAUAGGACUGCUCCUAACAACGGAAAAGGGACCUCUUUUGGUCCUAUAUGUGUAAUUUACUCUUCUAUCAUUCCUCCAUGACAUCCUCUGCAACAAGCUCAAUCGCAGCAUAAUAAUCCAAUCUGCUACACAAAUGGCAGUGAGAAAGUGUCAAUAAGGAGUAGCAUAGAUGGCGCACCAGAGGAAUCCGACUUCGGAUUUGAGAUCGAAAAUAUCUCUCUUUCAAUUGAACCGGCGGGUUCGAAAGAUGUCGUUGUGAAGAACUUGUAUGUGUCGAUUGACCCGUACCAACUGAACCGGAUGAAGUCGCGAAGUUCCUCGCAGCGGGCGGGCAACGAUUUCUCCGCCGCCAUUGUUCCCGGUGAGAGCAUUGAUGCAUAUGGAGUGGGGAAAGUUUUGGCAUCUGGGAGGGAUGAUAUAGAAAAGGAUGACUUGGUUGCUGGGCUUCUUAGUUGGGGAGAAUACAGUGUAGUUAAACAAGGCACUUUGUUGAAUAAGUUGGAUCCCAUAAGCUUUCCACUGUCCUACUACGUUGGAAUUUUGGGUUUUAGUGGGCUUACAUCAUAUGGUGGAUUUUUUGACGUUUGUAAACCUCAGAAUGGGGAGAAGGUUUUUGUGUCUGCUGCUGCAGGAUCAGUUGGGAAUUUAGUGGGACAAUAUGCAAAGCUAUUAGGAUGUUAUGUUGUUGGCUCUGCUGGCUCCCGGCAAAAGGUGAAGAUGCUUAGAGAGAGGCUUGGUUUUGAUGAUGCCUUCAACUACAAAGAGGAACCUGAUCUCAAUUCUGCUCUUAAAAGGUGUUUCCCAAACGGAAUAGACAUAUAUUUUGACAAUGUGGGCGGACGCAUGCUGGAAGCUGCGAUUUCCAACAUGAACCCGCACGGAAGAGUCGCGGUCUGCGGUGCCAUCUCCGAAUAUGCGGCGGGCCCCACAGAGCGGGCUGCACCCGACAUGAUUGACGUGAUCUACAAGAGGAUCAAGCUCCAAGGGUUCCUUGCUGCUGACUUCAUGAAAUCCCAUGCGGAAUUCUACUCGAAGACUAGGGAGCUACUCGAAGCUCGAAAGAUUGAAGUGGUCGAGGAUAUCUCCCAUGGCGUCGAGAGCAUUCCAUCGGCUUUCGUCGCACUCUUUCGUGGGGAUAACGUUGGAAAGAAGAUUGUCCAGAUUGCAAAUGAAUAGAACAAGAAAAGAAGUGUCAUAUUAUGAAAAUGGGGUCCUGCUACUUUGUUGGG